CUCUAAUGUCGCUUUUGAAAUGGCCGACGUUUAGGGGGAGUGUCUAGCGGAAAUCGAAUUUCUGAGUAAUUUUUACCAGAUAAGACUAGUACACCUCAUACAUUCCAAAUUUAAAGACUGAGAAACUUUUUUUAAAAAGUGGAUAAUCAUGGCUUGGCGUUUCAAAGCCUCUAAGUAUAAAAAUGCGGCACCGAUUGUGCCUAAGCCAGAGGCAUGUAUUCGGGACAUUUGUGUUGGAUCAUAUCAAACUUAUGGGAACAACAUUUGUGCAUCUGCUGCCUUCAUGGCUUUCAACUGGGAGCAUGUUGGGUCGAGCAUGGCUGUCCUGCCCCUGGAUGACUGUGGGAGGAAGAGCAAGACGAUGCCUCUACUGCACGCACAUUCUGACACCAUAACUGACAUGGAGUUUUCACCCUUCCAUGAUGGCUUGCUGCUCACAGGUUCACAGGAUUCCUUGGUAAAAAUAUGGCACAUUCCACCAGAAGGUUUGAAGGAGUCUCUGUCGACUCCGGAGUGUACGUUGUCUCAGAAACAGCGUCGCGUUGAAAAUGUUGGCUUCCACCCGGUGGCUGAUGGUCUGAUACACGUCGCUUCGGGCCAUGAACUCGCUCUUUGGGAUCUUACUAAGCAGAAAGAGGCUUUUGUGAACAGAGAUCACGGUGAGGUUAUACAGUCUACCUCGUGGAAGAAGGAUGGCAAGCUGUUGGCGACUUCUUGCAAGGACAAGAAGGUCCGCAUCAUAGAUCCGAGGGCGGCCGCCGCUGUAGUGGACGUUGCUAACAGCCACCAGAACAUUAAAGACAGCAGGAUUGUGUGGCUUGGAGAUCAGGAUAGAAUACUGACUACUGGUUUCGAUUCAGCCCGUCUUCGUCAGAUAAUGAUCCGUGAUAUCCGCAACUUAUCACAAACGCAGAAGACAUUGGAGCUGGACUGUUCCACUGGGAUCCUGAUGCCACUCUUCGAUCCUGACACCAACAUGUUGUUCCUGGCUGGGAAGGGAGAUACUACGAUCUUGUACAUGGAGUUUACGGACAGGGAACCUUACCUCAUUGAAGGAUUGAGACAUUCCGGUGAACAAACCAAGGGUGCUUGCUUAGUACCAAAGCGAGCUCUUCGCGUGAUGGAAGGCGAAGUGAACAGAGUUCUACAACUGGCUGGGUCAUCAGUCGUGCCUAUUAUGUAUCAAGUGCCGAGAAAGAGUUACCGCGACUACCACGCAGAUUUGUACCCGGAUACGGCUGGGUCAGUGACGUACCUCAGUGCUCCGAUGUGGCUCGAUAACCAAGACCACCCAGUACCUAACAUUUCUUUACACCCAGACGCCAAUAAUGGCACACAGAUUCACCGCGGGAACUUAGAAGAGAUGGUUAAGGCCAUAUUGGCAAUGCCUCCACCGAAAAAGACCGAUUCCAAGAAGACGGCGCCGGCACCAGUUCAGAUCGAAGAACCUGUGAAAACGGUAACAAAACCACUACCAGAACCAAAAGAUGAAGACCGAAUUGACUUCGUCAACGUAAAAGACCUUAUUAAGGGCAUGGAAAGACAAAAAUCUAACAAAGUAGACUAUCAGAAAGAAACAAAUGGCUUCCACAAAAAGAUUACAGAUAAUGGUCACGAUAAUUGCCAAGAGAAGAAGAUUGAUUCUGAACCAGAAAAGACCGAACCAGACGUUAUUCCGCAAAAGACUGAGAAGACCGAGGAGAACGAUGAAAAGACCGAAAAGACCAUUGAGAAAACUGAUAGUACGGAGUCAACCGAGUCUUCUCUAUCGAGGAGCAACAGUUUAAUUAAUGGAGUGCCCGUUCAGGUUCCAAAACCGAUGCCAAGAUCCUCAAUUUCGGAGCCAGGGUCCAUGGAAGAGCAUUCGGAGGUCCCUAAACCAAAACCCAGGACCACAACAGUACCUGGGUCUGGCUACAAGGUACAUGAGCCUCGUCUUGGGCCGAAGCCGUUCUCAGCGGCUACUGGCAACGAAGAUUUCUCAUUUGAUAAAGUCUUCUCAGUGCCAGCUGUGCCUGGACUCACGAAAUCUGACUCUGCAUCGUCGCCAGUAUCUGGCCAGGCGACUACCCCGACCGCUACAUCGACGCCCACCGCCAAAGACGGCAGCGAAGAGAAAGACAAGUCGUUGUCGCCGACUAGUGAUGUGGAAAUUGCGCCUAAUAAAGAAGAGUACACGAAUGGCAAGUCGGACACAAGUUUAGAAGAAGAGGUGAAUUCUUCUGACUCCGGCUACCGUCCGAAGACGCCGAGCACAGCGGAACGAAGGAAAAUGUUUGAAAAUACCGACGGUGCCCAGUCAAUAGCUGACCGUCGUCGUGCGUACGAGUCGAGGUCAGUGAGUGUCGCCGUGGAGUCCGAUACACCGCCCUCGCCCGCUCCCCUGAGACGUCGAGAUUCGCUGAAAUCCCGUAAAAGUCCAGACCGUGAAGACAAGAGGGCUUCAGUGCCUAACGUCACUACAAAGAGGACUUCCACUGUGUUUGGUAAAGUAUCGAAAUUCCGUCACUUGAAAGGAACUCCCGGCCACAAGUCGACUCAGUUGGAGAACAUCAAGAACAUUAGCAGACAGAUAUCUGGAGAAUGCAACGGUUUCUAUGCCAACGGGUACCGCUGCGCCGUGCCGCUGGGCGGCGGCGGCGGCCGCGUGGGCGUGCUGGAGCUGCCGGGCGGCGCCAAGGCGCGCGGGCCCGCGCCCGCCCCGCGCGUGCCCGCCCUGCUGCAUCCCGCGCCGCUGCAGGACUGGGCCUGGGACCCCUUCUGUCCCACCAGGCUACUCGUAGCUUGUGACGACGGCCUGGUCCGCGAGUGGAUCAUACCCGAAGAUGGACUACAAGAAUCAACGAACGAGCCAGCUCGUACAUUCUCGGCUCACCCGGACAAGAUCUACAUAAUACGGUUCCACCCGACCGCGUCAGACUUACUGACCACCGCAGCUCAUGACUUGAGUGUCAAGAUCUGGGAUUUGAACCCGGAGACUCCGGUAGCAGCCAUUAUAUUAACUGGCCACACUGAUCAGAUAUUCGCAUUAGACUGGUCACCCUGUGGGGAAUAUUUAGCUACUGUCUGCAAAGAUGGACUUAUAAGGGUAUACAAGCCCCGCUCGUCGCCGGAGCCCAUAGCGAGCGGGCCGGGCCCGGCCGGCAGCCGCGGGGCGCGCGUCGUCUGGGCACUCAACGGGACACAUCUCGUCGUCACCGGGUUUGACAAAGUGUCAGAGCGCCAGAUCCUGCUAUACAAGGCCAGCGACCUGUCCGCGCCCGUAUGCACGGUGGGGCUGGACGUGUCCCCCGCCAUACUGCAGAUACACAUCGACCACGACUCCGGCACUCUGUUCCUCACUGGACGGGGUGACUCUACGAUCUACUGCUACGAGGUGACGAGCGAGGCUCCCCAUCUAUGCGCGCUGUCCCACCAUCGCUCGCCCACUCUGCACCAAGGGAUCGCCUUCUUGCAGAAGAAUCUAGUCGCUGUUGAAAAGGUGGAGUUUGCAAGAGCAUUACGACUGACUAAUGGAACAGUUGAGCCGCUAUCUUUCACUGUGCCCAGAAUAAAGAGCGAGUUGUUCCAAGACGACCUGUUCCCGCCGACGCUGGUGACGUGGGCGGCGUGGCAGGGCGCGGCGGGCUGGCUGGCCGGGGACACCGUCCCGCCGCGCCUCGUCAGUCUGCAGCCGCCCGGGAUGGAGCCGCUAUCGGCGCAUACCGCGGCGUCCCCAGUAUCCCGCGAGGCCCGCGACCGGCCGGCGGCGGCCGCCAAGCCCAAGCCGGACCUCAUCAAGUCACAUGUACCGCAGGAUACCAAGGCUAAGGAGGACAGCAUAAUGAAAUCCAUUAGCGCCAAAGUACAGAUGAAUUUGAAAUUGGAGCAAGACAGUAUGGAAGGCGUAGACGAAUCCGAAUGGGAUCAGUGAAAGGUAACCCGACUAAAUCAAGUGCAAUUGAACAACUCUAGCUUGUAGUGUUAUUUAGAGGCUCCCGUUAUCGGUCGCGUUAUAUGUACAUCGACUGAUCGCCCGUAGACUGAUAUUGGCGGUACGAAUAUAGGUAUUUGCUUGAAAAUUGAAUGUGUUCUGAUUUGAGAGAUAUUACUUUCAAAUAUAUUCAUAAUUUUAUAACAAACACACAGUUAGAUAUUGGAGUCAUAUGUAUAGAUGUUAAAAGUAGAAUGGGCGAUAUAACGACUUGUCAAAAUAGGAGUACAAGGAACCAAACAGCAAGUAUUUACCGAAAAAUAGUAAAAUUUAAGUUAUCUAAUAUUUGAAGUCGCAUCCAAAGAUAUAGACCGGCGUAGAAGAAUGGACUUCUUCAUUUCGAUUAUAAUAUGAAUUUAUUGUUCAAAGUUAUAUCUAUCUCUAUGCGUACCGCCAAAUCUAAAACAUAAAAUAGCACCCCUCGCAAACAAAAUUUAACUUUUUAUACCUAACAAUGAACUUGGGAUUUCAAAAUAUUUUAUAGAAAUUUUUCCAGUGGAUCCCAUUUUUUACAUUUUAAUCUUAGAUAUCAAAUAGUCGUGGUAAUGUAGAGCCCUAGUGUUAUACGUCGGCGCAUAAGUCCAAUAAUAUGUACUGAUUAUAGUUUUAAGUCCACCGUCAAAAUAUACACUGCGAUUUGAAAAUGGGAGUCUUCGAAAAUAAAAGGAUAGAAAUUUUACAGAGGCCUUAGUACGAGUUAGAUUUACGUUUAAAGUAUUCGAAACGUACGUAAAGUACGCGUUCGGUGCUCUG